AAAAGAAAGAAAGAAAGAAAGGAAGAAAGGAAGGCAGGAAGGAAGGAAGAAAGGAAGGAAGGAAGGAUGCAAAGGAGCCUGUGUUUUCCAGGCUUUGGGGCUGGGACUGCAGUGUUCUGAGCUCACUGAAAGCAGUCAAAGGAGGAGGCGGGACUCCGGCGAGUUCCCCUUCCACCUUCCCCCACCCUUCUCUUCCCACCUUUCUUCCACCUCUACCUCGAUUCCAGCCUUUGCGGCAGCUGCUCUCUAGCCGUUUGCACGACCCAAAGAACAGCGGCCUUUGUUCCCAGGAUGGUGAUCCGUGUGUAUAUUGCAUCUUCCUCUGGUUCUACGGCGAUUAAGAAGAAACAGCAAGACGUGCUUGGUUUUUUAGAAGCUAACAAAAUAGGAUUUGAAGAAAAAGACAUUGCAGCCAAUGAAGAGAAUCGGAAGUGGAUGAGAGAAAAUGUACCUGAAAACAGUCGACCAGCCACAGGAUACCCUCUGCCACCUCAGAUUUUCAAUGAAAGCCAGUACCGUGGGGACUAUGAUGCCUUCUUUGAAGCCAGAGAAAAUAAUGCAGUGUAUGCCUUUUUAGGAUUGACAGCCCCACCUGGUUCAAAGGAAGCAGAAGCUCAGGCAAAGCAGCAAGCAUGAACCUUAAACAUUCUGCCUUAAGCAUCCUGAAAAAGGAGUCUCUAUUGCUUUUAAAAUCAUCUUGGCUUCAAGAGAAAUCAGCUUAAUGUUGAGAUAAUAGAUUAGUUGGUUUUUUCACAUGCAAACAAUCAUAACGAAUACAUAACUAAAAUAUGAAUAUUAUGAUGAGGCUAAUGGGAGGUGUGCAUAAAAAUUUUAGAUGUCAUGGAACAGUAUCUUGUUAUCUUCCAAGGCAUUUUAUGUACUUCGGUUACUUUAAAAAGCGAAGACCUGUCCUUUGUUUGUGGUAUUAUUAUUGCAGCUUCAAUAUUUCUGUAGCUUUAUGUUGAGGAAUUUAAAAUACAGAGUGAAAGAAAGAAUCCAUCUCUUGUCCCCAAAUUGCCUCAUUAAUUUUAGUUAAUAAAAAUAUGUACAUUUUUUUAUGGUACAGUCACUUUUUUUUUGUUUUGUUUUGUUUUGUUUUAAUUUUUAUUUAUUUGACAGACAGAGAUCACAAGUAGGCAGAGAGGCUGGCAGAGAGAGAGAGGGGGAAGCAGGCUCCCUGCUGAGCAGAGAGCCCAAUGCAGGGCUUGAUCCCAGGUCCCUGGGAUCAUGACCUGAGCCGAAGGCAGAGGCUUAACCCACUGAGCCACCCAGGUGCCCCAAAUAUGUACCUUUUGAUGUGAAGCUUUUGUGAUUGAAAGGAACCUGCAGGUAAUAUUUAUGAUAUGUUAGACAUUGUAAUUUCUUAUGGUAACUAUAACAUGCCUAUUAUUUUGUAAUUGAAACUGUAUGUAGUAAACCACAGGUUUUCUAGGCUUCUAAAUGUAGCCUUUCAUUGUAUAUUUCAGUGAUUAGAACAGAUGACCUCCUACAAAAAAUAGAUGCAUUCAGUUAACAAGUUCCCUGCUUAACUGCACAGCUAUAAUGUGAUCAUGUUUCUAAGUUGCUUGCCCAGUGAUACAUGUGUAUAUAUGUUAGGAAUGUAUGAUAGCAUGCAAGUUUAAAAUGGCAACCUUUUGCAAAGAGCUCUGAAUUUUAAUUAACUACUGUAAGAUAGGUCACAGCAUUCAGUGCCCAAGACUGGUUUUUGUAGGAUCUUUGCUAAAAAAUUCUUAGCAUUUCCUCCUUAAAAUGACUUAUGAUCACAAAUGCCACUACUUCUUAGAUAUUUGAUAUUUUUUUUCAGUUUAGGCAUAUAUUGCAUGAAAUUAUUAAUGUAAGUGGAAAGAAUAUUUUCUAUGCUUCUAUUACAGUGAAUAGCACAAGUAUUAGAUUAAAAACUUCCAUUUUUAAAAUUUUAAUCAUGAAAACUUCUAAGAAAAUAAGAAACAUUAUGGCUUAAAUUACUUACCCAGAAGAUAUACAUAUUAUACUUUUAUUCCAUACUAAAACUUUAAAAAACCCUUUUAAUUUAAAUUACUUUAUCAUAUCAUUUGAUAUAUUCAAGUCUGUGCUUUUUGCCAAAAUCAGCAUAUAAUGAAGAUAUAGCUUUGUUUACUGAAAUUCAAACUUGACACAAUGCUUUAAAAUAAAUUCAGUCUUUUUAGAAAUAUAAUCUAUGUGUCCCUAGAGUUUCUAAAUAGUAUAAUAGUAAUUUUAGAUGAAUAACACAUGUUUUAAAAGGCAUCAAAGGAGAAAAUAAAAAAAAAGAAAGAAAAUAAUUUGAAUGCAAUUUCUAAAUUUCCUUUUUAAAAUUCUAAAUUUUGCUACCCACACUAGACUAGCACAAAGAGCUAUUCCAUUGUUUUGUCUUCAAAAAUAGGCCAGGGAGAACUCUAGAGAAAACAGGAUGCCUUGUAAUAGAUUCUGGAAAAUGCUAAAAAAAUGUUUGGUGACUAUCUUUUCCUAAGCUUUAUUAAAAGUUGAUUAUACUACUUGC